ACUAUGCCAUGUGAAGAGCUGCACUACUGUGGACGAGGCAGCGACCCACAUGCAAGGAGACUGAGGGAUAUUGCUGUAAAAUCAUUUGGGUGAGACUUAUAAGUUGUAGGCUAUAUUUUUAAUCAUAUUAAUAAUUUACCACUACUGUAUGUGUUUUAAUAUCUAACUUGCUCCUUCGUGUGAAUACUGAGCUUGGAGCGCGGUUUUAGUCCUCAUUUUUCAAAAUUCAAAAUGUGCUCUCUGUUUAAAAAGAUCCAGGCUUUUAAAUAUGAUUAAUGCAUGUAUUAACCCGAAAUAAACCCCAUCUAUUGGCAUCAGCGGCAGCCAAUAGCGUCAUUCCAGUCGUUUGAAUAUUUAAAGAGCUCGGCCCUGUGAUUGGCCAGAAGGAGAGGUCACAUGAUCCAGAGACGUUACGCUGUCAUGGUUACAGUGAAAGACGCUCGAGCUUGAGUGAAUGGAGGGAGGAGGUGUUCUCGCGCGUAGCCAUAUGGACAGACUAGUUUUGAACGGUUCUAAAUCACGACGGGGAAAUGUUUUUGUGAAUUAUAAAAAAAAUGGACGCAUAAUCAAAGUGAAUGUAAAACUGUGGGCGUUUCUGCGGAACUUUUCACCAGCGGGAAAGGCGAUUUAAGGACGUUAAAAGAUGACAACAACACAAUAGUGUUGGCAACCUGCAAGUGUUUCAGUUCCCACACACUGGAUCUCACAGCACUCUACAACAAAGAUGAGGAUACAGGGACAAUCUGAGGGCGCAAGGAGGUGUCUGGAUUUAAAUGCAGUCCGUGAGCUCAGGGCUGUGGAAGUCACCCGUGGUCGGGCAGGAUAUGGUUUUACUAUUUGGGGACAGAGGCCCUGUAUCUUGAGGGGUAUCCUGAAGGGAAGUCCUGCUGACCUAGUGGGACUCAAACAGGGGGAUUGCAUCAUGGCCGUCAAUGGAACUGAUGUGUCCACUGCUUCGCAUGAGACUGUUGUGGAGCUGAUUGGCAGCUGCAAAGGACUCUUGCAGCUGGUGGUGCACACUGAAGGUCGAAUAAUAAGGAACCCCAUCCUUAAUGAUGCAAAAUUUGGCAUUAGCCAGAAAAGUGAUAUUCUACAAAAGCCUGGUGUUCUUCGCACUAUCUCAGACAAUUCAAGCGAUUCCUCCUUUAACUUGAGUCAUGCUAUCACCAGCAAACAGAGGCCGGUAUCAGAGCCUAAUAUGUCGCAGUGGUCACAACAGUGGAGCUGCUUAGCUGAGCAGCCAAAGGAGGAAACUUCUAGAGUGGGUUGCACAGACUCUGUUUUUAGAGACACAGAAGACGUCAGCCUAGACUGGGGCAUUUUAAACACGACCUUGGUGGUGGGCUACCUUAGCUCCACAGAGCUGAUUUUAAACACUGCAGAAUCCGAGGAGGACUGUUUGAAAGCCAUACGUGAACAAAUACGACAGUUGGGAACAGAACAAGAUACCCACACUCUGGUGGUGAUGAAGAUCAUGUUUGAUUGCAUCCGGCUGUGUGAUGACACUGGAGCUGUUCUGGCAGCAUUGGCUGUGUGUGCUGAAGACCCACGUUUCUUUUGUCUGGUCACUACAGCACAUAUUCUCAAUGGUCGCGUCCCAGAGGAUGGUCCAUUGAGGGCCUCCUGUCAUGUUUUCUUCAUCGACCCAGAGCUGGGAAACCAUGAGGACCAUUUAGGCAUUGUUGGACGCUUUGGCUUUCACUGCACUCCAGAUCCAGAUGCUUUGGGCUGCCUGGAAUUUCCUCAGACCCCACCAGGUGUCCUGCACUUCAUAACAGUUCUGUACAGUGAUAUGGGGGAGGCUGUUGGGAGGCUAAGAUUCAAACUGGAUAUGGAGGCUCAGCAGCAAGCCAAAGAGAGUGGCAACAAUGGCAAACAUGGCAGCGCCAGCAGCAACGGGGACAGUGGAAUUGGAAAUGCAUCCCCUCCUGAGGAGACAGAAAACAAGGAUUUUUCUUCUGCAAUCCGAAACCACCCUGGGGCCCCCCUCCCCACCUGUCCAUGGGAUUAUCCUUCAUCUGAAGACUUCACCCCAGUAAACCUUUCUAAUAAUGGCAAAAAACUUAAUCCAGAGAACAGUGCCGGCACAAAUUCCCUUUCAGAGUCACUACCUGGUCCUGAUUCCCUGACUAGCUUUUAUGGAGGUCCCCCACCCAGGCUUGAGUUCCAGUUUAAGCCCCCACCACCUCCUCUGCCUUUGGGUAAAAAACCAAACUUCUUUGGAGACCCUCUCAGAAGUAGCCAAAGGUGGUUCUCAAAGCCAAAGUGUCCUAAAGUGCUAAGCAAUGAUCCAGAGCCUCAAGUGGCAUCCAGCAACAACUGGCCCUCUAGUGUUAGUCUUAGCACCAGCACCAGUAUCCUGCCUCCCUCUAUGAGUCAGAUCCCUUCAGCCAGGUACCAGCCAGCAGACGUCAUGAUGCUGCCUCCCAGAGAACAAUGGACCAAAAGGUUUUUUGAACAGAAAGAGAAACAGUGGAAGGACAGUAGUACCAAAAAUGGCUCCAGGUUUUGGGGUAUGGGUAUUGUCCGUUCUUCUAAGCGCCGUUCUGCCAAACGUCUCAGCCUGGCACGAUCACUGGAUGACCUUGAGUCUGCUGCUUCCUCAGAUGGUGACUAUAGUGGAGUCCAUUUGCAGGGAUGCUGCAGCCAGAGCAGCCUGAACAGUAAUGGCAGUCUUCCAGGAGCCAGCAGCCAUCGAGGGAUUCCAGAGCAGCGUGUGGCCCGCUGGGCCGCCUGCUUUGAGCGUCUCCUCCAGGAUCCAGUGGGCCUGCGCUACUUCUCGGAAUUUCUCAAGAAAGAAUUCAGUGAGGAGAAUAUCUUGUUCUGGCAGGCCUGUGAAUAUUUCAGUCAUAUUCCUGCAAAUGACAAAAAACAGCUGUCUCAGAGAGCAGGAGAGAUCUACAACAGCUUCUUAUCCAGCAAGGCCACCAUGCCGGUCAAUAUUGACAGCCAAGCCCAGCUGGCUGACGAUGUCCUCACCUCCCCACAGCCUGACAUGUUCAAGACCCAGCAGCUACAGAUCUUCAACCUGAUGAAGUUUGAUAGCUACUCACGAUUCCUGAAAUCCUCGCUUUACCAAGAGUGCAUGCAGGCUGAGGUGGAUGGUCGGCCUUUGCCAGACCCCUACCAGAUCCCCUGUAGUCCUGCGCCGUCUAAACACAGUGCCAGCUCUGACCGCUCCACCCUUUCCACUCCGAAGAAGGAUCCCGGAAAGCAGAAGUCAGGGAGGUCACUGAACGAGGACAGCAGAGAUGAGAGUGCUGACAAGAAACGUGGCAUCUUCUUCUCGUGGUCCCGCAAUAGGAGCUUUGGAAAAGGGCCAAAGAAGAAGGAAAUUGGAGACAUAAACCUUGACUACUGGGGCAGUAAUGGGCGGAGGGAGUCCCAGGGCUCCUUGUCGUCCGGAACCAGUCUGGAGAUGGCAACUUCCUGCUCUGCUGGCAAGAUUGAGUCUGAUAAUCGCUACUCACUCGGAGGUUGGGAACGCUCACCAAAACACUGCAGUGUGAUUCUGCCCGACGGCUCUUGCUCCUCUGUUACUCUUCGGCCUGGUGCCUCCAUUAGAGAAGUCCUCCAAGAUCUCUGUAACAACAUUAGCGUCAACAUCGCAGCCGUCGACCUCUUCCUGGUGGGGGGGGAGAAGCCUUUGGUGUUGGACCAAGACUGCAUGACCCUCAGCUCACGAGACUUGAGAAUGGAGAAGAGGACAUUGUUUAGACUGGACCUGGUACCCAUUAACCGCUCUGUGGGCCUGAAAGCCAAACCUACCAAACCAGUGACAGAGGUCUUGCGUCCUGUGGUGGCUAAAUAUGGCCUCCACCUCACCGAUCUUGUGGCUAAAAUAAGCGGAGAAACCGAGCCUCUGGAUCUGGGUGCUCCCAUCUCGAGUUUAGAUGGCCUUCGAGUUGUGUUGGAGCGAGCAGACCCAGCUUCGGGGAAAGACAAAUCAAAAUCAAAAAACCUCCCUCCACCCAGGAGUUUUUCUGCUGCAGGAGAUGAGAGGUCAACACCAAAGGACUUUUCUGUGAGAGCAAGUGGACCAGACUCAGCACUCCCAGGGGAAAAGAGAAAACAGAAAAAGAUUAAUAUAGAUGAAGCUGAAGAAUUCUUUGAGCUGCUAAGCCGGGCACAGAGCAGCCGAGCCAACGACCAGCGCGGACUCCUGAGCAAAGAAGACCUGGUGCUUCCCGACUUCCUACGCCUAACCCCACCCCUCUCCUCCUGCUCCAUCUCCUCUGACUUGGCCUGCUCCACUCCUGACUCCCUAAAACAGAGCCGGGAGAACGGUGUUUCCUCACGGGGGAUCCUCACCUCCAGCCUUCGUUCAGAGAGCCUAGACUCCUCUCUCAGCUCCAGUGCCAAUGGACACACCGGGACCAGACGGUGCCUGAUGCCUCCUCCCCGCCACCCAACUUUUGGCACCCACCUGUCCCCCAUCCCCCGGCCCUCAGAUACCCGACUAAGCCUCCGCACAGUGGAGGAGGACCCCCACACCGACCUGACACUUGUAGGUGAGGGUGACAUCAACAGCCCCAACAGCACCCUGUUGCCUCCUUCACCAUCUCCCAUGCCGUCCUUUGAGAGAAGCCUGCUGGAAGCCAACUUCACCCCACCACCACCCUGCUCCCACUCCCAAGACACAGGUGGAGAGGGAAAGUCCAGUUCAGAGGGAAGAACAGAAACAACUCCCAACACCAAAUCAUCCGCAGAUAAAGCCAACACUGCACAGACACUUCAGGAGGUGAUGGAUGUGGAGGGAGUGCAUCUAGAGGAGGGGACACUGGAAACAUCCCAGACAGAGGACUCUGAGCUCAGCCUGAGCUUCCAGGGCUACGUCGCCAAGCUGCGGCAAUGCCAGAGCAAGAUGAGGAGUGUCCACAUGCCCCAAAAUCUCCGUAACCCACCAGAGGACAAAGACUGCAAUACAGAUCUGUACAAGGCCACAAUUGUCUAAAGGGAACCCCAACACUGCUGCACUUUAAGCCUGAGGCACCGUCUUGUAAAGAGUCAAAUGAUGGACUGCACGUACAAAACUGUCGAUUUACGCUGCAAAAAAUCAAUAUUAUUGUGAUAAAUAUUGUAUUUUGUUAUGGAUUGUAGUAUCUUCUUGUUGAUUUUUAGUAUCAGUUGUAAUUUUGGGACAGUGACAUGUUUUUGUAAUGGUAUAGUUUAAUAAUUACAAGCAAAGCUAUUUUAUUAUGAGCCAUGUUAGACUAAGGACAACCACAGUAGAAGCUUGAAAUUCAUUUUUGGGUACCAGUUUUUAUUAAGGCACACAUUAUACAUGGUUUAAGCUGUAAUUUCUGAGCUUAUUGUAAGUCCAUUCUUACUAAUAAGAAGAUGAAUUCAAGUGCUGGCUGGCUUCAAAGGUAUGUUAGCGGACACUAUGUACUUGGCCAUUAAUUAAAUAAGUAAAUGUUUUUAAAGCUAUAAAGUAUAAAUUUAGACCACUAUUGAUCUUUAAAUAAUUUAUUAAAUGAUUAGUUGUUGAUUAAGCUAUUGAUUACACAUUGUCUCUUAGUUUGCCUUAUUAGAAAGUGGGACCACUGUUGUUGGACCAUAUAUUGGGCAGGACUCUGUUUAUAAGGAUCAAAAGGGAAGCAAAUAGCAUUUUUCUUGGAUAUAACUUAUUUCUGUGUUUAUGUUUUACAGACAACACAUGAUGGCACCCUUACUGCCUGUACCUCCUACUUCUGUGGUUUUGAGGUUGUCCACAUGUUGACUGAUUAAAAAG